ACUGAUCUGAACUGAAAAAAGAUAUAAGAUUUGUUUCUGUUUACAAGCCAUUCGUCAUAAUUUUAAAUUGGGAGUGUACUUAUUCAUAACACAGCUUAUUUUAUAUCUUUGUCUUAUAUCAGAGCUACUGAUUGUUGCUCCCAAUUCACUUGAGCAAAACACGUUGACAGUUGUGUAAAGAGUAUAUAUUGAAACAUGAGGGGUUGGUCAUCAAAAAAAUCUCUGCUGGCGUGUUUCCUACUCCUGAAUAUAUCCUUAAUUCUUUGUAGUGCAUAUUUAAAAUACAUCCGCUUUAAACAUCGCAGAUAUCUUAAACAGAGAAUAAUGAAGAAAGUACAUAACAUCCAUGUACGUGUACCAGUGGUUCCUGCUCCAGUGGUUCCUGUUCCAGUGGUUCCCACACCAUUGGUUCAUGCUCCAGUUAUAAAGAAGGAUACACGUCCAACUUUGAGAGUCUCUAUUAUAGAAGAUCAACACCAAGCAUUAUCAUACUGGGCUGAUGCUCAGAAUGCAGGGAUUAUAAGAAACGAUGGAAACACGUUGGUUUAUUUCAGUAACAAAGGAGACUUUGAAACCACUUCUAUAUUUCCUAAUCAGUGGGUUACUAAGAACCUCAACAGAAAAACUUCUAAAUUGUUAUCACUGGAUACAACCUACUUCAACCGUUUUGUAUGGGUGUGGCCAAACUGGGAUGUGAAGAACAAUAACCAGAAAUUCAAGAGUGCAGUUGCAUUUUUUGGGGUGACAAAUGAAAAACAUGGUAAUAAACCUGCAGCCAAUUGCUUUUGUUUGAGUCAUUCGAAGAGCAAAAUAAAAACUUGUUAUCUGGAAUCAAGAGAAACUGUGAUUAUCUCUGAUAAAAUGUGUAAUACAAAAAAACAAAUAUACUUUGAGAAAAUUCAAGAAGACCUAGCUUUGAAGUUACUAAAACAGGGCAGGCUGAUUAGAAAACAAGAGAAUAUUGUACUAGACAUUGAUGAAGAAUAUAUCGGUUAUGAAACCCCUUUUGCUUCACUUCGAGCUACAGGUUUGACCAUAGCUGAUAUAAUGUCUAUAAACAGAGAGAUACAGCAAAUAAUAUGCCCAAAAGUAAUGAGAAAUGAAAUAGAAGCAGACAGUGUUUUGUCUAAGAUAAUCUUUGAAAUUUCCAAACGACGACGGCAUUUUUGUAUGAAAAAGAAGCCAGAAAAUUGUUCAAAAUUUCCCAUGAGCCACAAUUUCUCAUCUGUUAUACAUAUGUUUACUAGACCUUUGUCAUCGCUGUCUCCUGCCCUGUCUUGUAAGAAAAAAGUUGCUACAAAGUAUUUAGAAAAAUUUGCUUUAAAGUUAGCAUCAUUGAAAGAGAAACAGUUAAUUGCCAUACGUGAAGUUGGCUUUUGUUUUAUUCCAUUUCUUAAGACACUUUAUUGGGAAAAUAACUUUCAGCUUUGUCUUGGUGGAAGUGUUUUAAAUAGCAGUAUUCACCAUCUUCAUUCUCUGCCACAACAAGAAGUCUUUUCCCGUAUUAAAUUCUUUCAGAAAUUCAUGUCUGAAGCUAAGUUCCGACCAAGAUUUAUAACUCUGGUAAGGUCAAUUCGAAAUGGUUUUGCACUUCGUAAUUACUUUCAUAAAAUUGAGCAAGAAAUUCUCUCCAGUUUUCAGGUUUUUCACUCUAAACUAGAUAUUCAGUAUAACAGUAAUUUACUUGGUGGCAAAAUUGGUUGGCCUAAACGUCAUUCACAGAAUGCUGGUCCAACUUUACCCCACAAAAGCUAAAUUGGAUAUAUGAGCAAUGCAUAAAUGCAUUUCUAUUUGUUGAGAAAAUUUUGCUUAGUUUGUGAUUCAAUUUAAUUUUUCAUUGAUUUGGCUACAGAAAUAUUGGUACACUUUUUGAACAAAUUACAUUUUUUGUUAAGGUUUAGACAAAACAUCUUGGUUUUUCAUGAUUCAUCAUCUCCCAAUCUUUGUUCACUCCAAACAUUAUAUGACUGAUUAGCUUAAAAGCCACACUCUGUGCAGACAUUUAUGCUAGCUCCUGUGGAGAACUAAUUGUACCUGUGACCCAAAACUAAAAAGAGCAAUAAUAAUAAAGCAUUUAUUGAUACCUUACUGAUAUGGUAUUACCCUACUAAUAUGGUAUUACUUGAAAUUCAAUUUAAAUAAAAAAAACUUGUAAGUUCACAAA